CUUUUUUUGAACCACUGCAGUACUCUGCUGGUCAAUUUUUACCGAUAGCAGUGGCUACUAUGGCUGCUGUAGAGCCAGGUGCAGCCGCAUCUGCUACACACGCGGUUGUACAGGUGACCCUCGAUCGUCGCCUGGGCAACACGAUAUUUUGGCACGAUAACGCAUGCCAAGAGGUGGGCGAUCGUCCUGGAAGGUAUCGUUGGAAAAAAGAAUGCAGCACCAUGGAGAAUCGUCACACGAAACCUGGCACCUGGUUUUAUUCUACCUACGCAUUCUUCGCUAUGCCUUGCAAGGCCACUAUAAAACAGCGCUCUUGCAACCACAGGCCACCACUUCUCCCAUCUUUCUUCAUACCAUCGAUAACUAGUCUUUUAAUUAUGAGCAGCCAAGCAUAUAGUAUUUUCAAACGCAAGGGGUCAAAGGGCUGGCACGUCUUUGACGGCCACGUGGACACCGUGGCGCAAGCUCGGAUGUAUGGCCAGCUCUGCUACACGCUGGGCUCGGAGCCACCAAGAUCACGCUCUCCACCGCCAUAGCAGACUUUGAUGAUGGCGAGUGCACUCUGUUCGACACCACCACCAUUCCCCUAUCAUUGACCGGCCAAGAGCUUCUGGUAGC